AUGUCUCGACCAGCAAAGGCCGAUUGGGCCGACGACGAAGAAUUCGACGACCCCUCCGCCCUCCCCGCCCAACAAGUCACAACCAACAAGGACGGCACAAAAACCGUCAUCUCAUACCGCUUCAACGACGAUGGCAAGAAAGUAAAAGUCACACGCCGCAUCAAGACGACUGUUGUCCGCGAACACGUGAACCCGCAGGUCGCGGAGCGCAAAACAUGGGACAAGUUCGGGCUGGAAAAGGGCAAUGCCGCGGGUCCUUCCUUCGAUACGACCUCCGUCGGCGAGAAUAUUAUUUUCCGGCCCUCUAUUAACUGGAAGGCGCAGGCCGCUGAGGCUGAGAAGAACGGUGGCGAGAAAGGCAGUAUCAAGGACCAGCUUAAGGACAAGAAGGUCAAGUGUCGGAUUUGUUCUGGAGAGCACUUUACGGCCAGGUGUCCGUUCAAGGAUACGAUGGCGCCCGUCGACGAGCCUGGGGCUGCUGGUGCGGAGGGCGAUGGUGCGGACGAAGGUCCUGGUGGAUUGGGUCUUGGCGGUGGCAGUUAUGUGCCGCCUCAUCUCCGGAAGGGUACUGCGAGCGGUGGAGAAAGAAUGGCUGGCAAGUACGAGAAGGAUGAUUUGGCGACUCUCAGAGUUACAAACGUUUCCGAGCUUGCGGAGGAACAAGAAGUCCGGGAUUUGUUCGAGCGAUUCGGUCGUGUCACCAGAGUCUUCCUGGCCAGGGACAGAGAGACCCAGAGAGCAAAGGGUUUCGCAUUCAUCAGCUUCGCGGAUCGGAGCGACGCCGCACGUGCCUGCGACAAGAUGGACGGAUUUGGUUAUCGCCACCUCAUUCUGCGCGUCGAGUUUGCAAAGAGGACUACUUAG